AUGAAUCAAGAGGCAUUGCAAAAAGUCCUUAUAGAAAUGGACAACCAACUAAACAAAUCAAGAGCAGAAUUAUCAAUGGUGAAUCUACAAUUAGAUAGAAUAAACACAAACCUCAAUGUAAUAACAUCAACAAAUAAAAGAUUAAAUCAAGUAAAUAAACCAGAUGAAGAAGUAUGGCAAGGUAUAGGAAAAGCAUUUAUUGCAAACACCACAAAGAAUUAUCUAGAUGAAUUGGCGAAAGAUGAAAAAGAAUAUAAAACAACUGAAAAAAGUCUAAAGAUUAAACAAGAUUAUUUACAAACUACACUUGAGAAAACAAUUGAUGGUAUGACUAAAAUAGUAGGAGGUGGUGAAAAGAAAUAA